AUGCCCCCUGACGUGAUUGUCGACAAAGGCCAAGGGCUGACAAAGAUCUGGCAAGGCCCUGAGAUGCUACGGCGCUACCCAACAACCCAUCCCAAGGUGGCGGUAUCCCCUGUUUUCCAUCUUUGGCAGGCCAACGAGGACUUUAUUUCUGUUUGGGCCGAGGUCUGCGGCAAGACGCAGCUACUGGUGUUGCAGUGCGGAAAGUCGUGCCCGUCAAAUAUCUACGAUUUCGAGUUUCUUUUGGUGCUUGGGUAA